CCCCAGUUCUCGCCCUCCGAUCCCCCGGCCGGCGAGCGCCGCUGAUCACCGGUGCUCCGACCUUCGCCGGCCCACCGCCUUCCAUCCAUCGACAACGACAUCGCCGCCCAUCGUAUCUCCGCCGGCCCGCUCUCCUCUCUGGCUAUCAUCUGUUGCUGUGGAUAUCACAUAAGGAAAGUAAACUGGCUUUCUUGUAUUUUUGUCCGUAUGAUGUCAAGGUCAGUCCUGCAAUAAGCUGAAUACUAUCAAGAAAAUAUGCAGCCCAUGGGGAAUGACAGGCCAGCAAAUGUUCCUGGAAGACCUCUAUCGCCCUCUCAAGCAGCUCCACAGCCUUCAACACCUUUCAUAUCUUCGGGUCCUGUUGUUGGCUUGGGAACAUCAGGUGUUCCGCAAACCGCAUCACCAUUUUUAUCCUCAGGACCCAUUACUGGCAUGCAGAUGUCCAAUUAUAGGUCACCACCACCACCACCACCACCAAUUAGGUAUAAUGGUCCAUCCAGUCCCCCCGCUCCAACAUCUUACCCUCGACAGGAUGCAACUACAUAUCAGCAAACACAAGCUCCUAGGUUUUCUCCUGCUCAACCUGGAACUCCCUUGCGGGUCCCUCCUCCUGUGGGUCUGCCAGUUACACCUCCUGUGGGGUCUCUUCAUCCUCAGGCCCAGAUUCCCUCAGUGCCGAUGGGUCCUCCACCUCAAACUGCAGCCCAAUUGUCAUCUAGAAAUAUGCCCCCACCACUGUAUGAAUCACCAUUCUCUGCACCUAGACCACCUCAGUCAUCUUUGCAUGGAUACUCCAAUGUGCUCCCCAGAGGUAACAUGCCGCCCUCUCCUGCAGAGACACAGUUCCUUGCUCCAAGAUCAGUUUCACAGCCACCAUCGCAGCAGGCUUUUCCGGCUUCCCAUGUUCCUCCAGUUCAUGCUUCUCCUUAUCAUGUUCACCAAGGAGGUGUUGUACCGCCACCACCACCUUUAGGAGGUCCUUUGGGUUAUAAUUCAAGGGAGCAAAUGCAAUACCCUAACACAGGACCUCCUAUGGGAGGUAACCUUCAAGGUCUGGUUGAAGAGUUCCAGUCAUUGUCUGUCGGGUCUGCUCCAGGGUCACUUGAUCAUGGAGUUGAUGCCAAAUCACUGCCAAGACCACUAAAUGCUGAUGAAGAACCUAUUAAAAUGCAAGAGACAUAUCCUUUAAAUUGUCACCCAAGAUUUUUCAGACUGACAACUCAUGCAGUACCAAAUUCUCAGUCAUUGCUUGCUAGGUGGCAUUUGCCUCUUGGUGCAGUGGUUCAUCCUCUAGCAGAAGUUCCUGAUGGGGAGGAAGUACCAAUUGUCAAUUUUGGACCAGCUGGUGUUAUUCGGUGUAGGAGAUGUCGCACAUAUGUGAAUCCAUAUGUGGCUUUCACGGAUGCAGGAAGGAAGUGGCGUUGCAACCUUUGUUCCUUGCUCAAUGAUGUUCCUGGGGAGUAUUAUUGUGCUUUGGAUGCUAGUGGCAGAAGAUGUGAUAUGGAUCAAAGACCUGAGCUUUCUAAGGGAAGUGUGGAAUUUGUUGCUCCAACUGAAUAUAUGGUGCGACCACCCAUGCCACCACUAUAUUUUUUCCUUAUUGAUGUGUCAAUAUCUGCAGUUCGGUGUGGUUUGCUUGAGAUUGUGGCACAGACCAUAAAGUCCUGUCUUGAUGAGCUACCUGGCUUCCCUAGGACACAGAUUGGCUUCUUAACUUUCGAUAGUACAUUGCAUUUCCAUAAUUUAAAGUCUUCUUUGACACAGCCUCAAAUGCUGGUGGUAGCAGAUCUGGAUGAUAUAUUUUUACCAUUGCCUGAUGAUCUUCUUGUCAAUUUAUCUGAUUCUAGACAUGUCGUGGAUGCAUUACUGGAUAGCUUGCCUAGCAUGUUUCAGGACAAUGCAAAUGUAGAAUCUGCCUUGGGCCCUGCUCUUAAAGCAGCAUUCAUGGUUAUGAGUCGACUUGGAGGAAAGUUGUUGGUGUUUCAAAGCACAUUACCUUCUCUUGGUGUUGGGCGCCUAAGGCUACGUGGAGAUGAUCUUCGUAUUUAUGGAACAGAUAAAGAACACACUUUAAGGGUGCCUGAAGAUCCAUUUUAUAAGCAGAUGGCUGCUGAAUUUACAAAGAAUCAGAUUUCAGUGGACAUAUAUGCUUUCAGUGAAAAGUACACUGAUAUAGCUUCCUUAGGAUCUCUUGCCAAAUAUACUGGUGGCCAGGUGUAUCAUCUUCCAUCUUUUCAGGCAGCCACUCACCAGGAGAAACUUAGAUAUGAAUUGGCUAGAGACCUCACCAGGGAAACUGCCUGGGAAGCUGUGAUGCGCAUUAGAUGUGGAAAAGGUGUGCGCGUUUCAACUUAUCAUGGCCAUUUUAUGCUAAGGUCAACAGAUUUAUUAGCCCUUCCAGCUGUGGAUUGUGAUAAAGCCUUUGCGAUGCAAUUAUCUUUGGAAGACACCUUGAUGACAACUCAGACUGUAUUCUUUCAAGUUGCCUUGUUAUAUACCUCUUCUUCAGGUGAAAGACGAAUUAGAGUCCAUACAGCAGCUGCAGCUGUAGUAGCAGAUCUUGGGGAAAUGUACCGCCAGGCUGAUGCUGGGGCCAUUAUCUCUUUGUGGAGCAGGCUUGCGAUUGAAAACACACAAUCUCAUAAGCUGGAAGAUGCUCGCCAGUUAAUGCAGUUAAAGCUUGUGAAAAGCCUUAAAGAGUAUCGGAAUCUAUACGUCAUGCAACAUCGGUUGGGUGGGAGGCUGAUAUUUCCAGAAUCCUUAAAAUUAUUGCCAUUAUACGUACUGUCUCUUUGCAAGUCUGUAGCUCUUCGUGGAGGAUAUGCUGAUGCUCCUCUCGAUGAACGCUGUGCGGCUGGUUACAACAUGAUGAUAUUACCUAUAAGAAGGAUGCUUAAACUUCUCUAUCCUGGUUUAUAUAAGAUAGACGAGAACCUCAUAAAGGGUCCAAAAGAUUCUGAGAAAUCCUCAAAACAGUUAUCCUUGAGUGCACAAAGCUUAGAUCCCAGAGCCCUAUAUGUCUAUGAUGAUGGAUUAAGCUUCAUUAUCUGGUUAGGGAGGAUGCUGUCACCUGAUUUAGUUAAUGGUAUACUUGGACUCGACUUAUCUGGGUUCCCUGAUCUGUCGAAGCUUGCAUUGCUUGAACAUGACAAUGAGUACUCAAGAAAACUGAUGAGGAUACUAAAAAGAUGGAGGGAGAAGGAUCCUUCCUGUUUUCAAUUAUGCCGAGUGGUUAGGCAAGGUGAACAGCCAAGAGAAGGUUCCUUGCUGCUGUCCAACCUCAUUGAGGAUCAGACUGCUGGAAGCAGCAGCUAUGUUGACUGGAUUCUCCAAAUCUACCGCCAAUCACAAAGUUCAUGAAGAAAGUAAUAUGGCUUCAGUCCUCUACCUUUCCGUGUCCUACUGGUCCUUUUCUUGUGCCAUGAAGAAGAAUAGGUAUUCAGUUCUGAGUUCUGGGCCUUUUUGUGUUCUGACGGAACCGCUGAGCCUGAAUUAAGAGGUGACCAACGAUCAAGUUUUGCUAUUUGGUUUGCAUUCCAUUUGUAAUAUGUGUUGCGAGUUUUAUUAUUUAUAUUAUUUUUAAUUGCUUACCUUUUUGUUUCUUUUCUACUGGGCAAUAGAAAAUUCUUGUCGUUUCUCAAUAUGAACUUGGGCUUGAUUAAGUUGUUUUCUGCUCAUGGUAAGUUGUAUAACUGUUCGCAUUGGGAACAGGGGAUCAAAUUUUUAUUUACCUCUUUUGACUUCAA